AUGGCAACCACAAUUUCACACGAUGGUACAAACGUCGGAUUUCAAGCAGGAGUAAUACACGGCAACCGAACCGCAUCAGCUCAAUCGGAAACGCUAAACCAAGCAUGCCUUCGGGAUCUGCGUACGACCAAUCCUCUCGAUGAUAAAGAACGGAUCAAGGAUACCAAGGGUGGAUUACUCAAAGAGUCAUAUCGCUGGAUUCUAGACAAUGAAAUAUUCAAACAGUGGCAUGGCAGCCAGGGAAAUCGUCUCCUCUGGAUCAAAGGUGAACCUGGCAAAGGCAAGACGAUGCUGCUAUGUGGUGUCAUCGAAGAGUUGACCCGAUUGUAUGGGGAAAAUUCGAAUAUCUCGUACUUUUUCUGUCAGGCUACCGACAUGCGAAUCAACAGCGCCACGUCCGUCCUGCGGGGUUUGAUAUACUUGCUUGUCGCAAAGCAGCCAUCUAUUCUCCCCCAUGUACAAGCUCGGUACGACUAUGCUGGGAAGGUCGUGUUCGAGGAUGUCAAUGCGUGGAUUGCAGUCUCGAACAUAUUCAGGGAUAUUUUGAGCGACCGGACGUUGCGAAUGACUUAUUUGGUGAUUGAUGCUCUAGACGAGUGCAUAUACGGGCUCUCUUCCCUGCUAGACUUGGUGAUUCAAGAGUCGUCAGCCCACCCACAGAUCAAAUGGAUCGUGUCAAGCCGCAACUGGCCUGACAUUGCGGAGCGACUUGAAAACGCAGACCAGAUAGCUCAGCUCUCAUUAGAGCUGAACGAGGCAUCUGUGUCUGAAGCCGUCAAUCAAUUUAUUCAACAUAAAGUCCGCGAAUUAACGAAAGCCAAAAGGUAUAGUGAUAAAAUUCGUGAUACUGUUGAACGCCAUUUGAUAUCGAACUCCGAAGGCACUUUUCUAUGGGUGGCCUUGUCCGCAAAGGAGUUUCUACUCCAGGAAGCAAACAAUGAACUAUUCCCAAAAGGCAUAGAAUCUGGACACCAUUCAAUUUUCACCCAAUCUCUCGAAGUGAUGUUCAGGACACUUCGACGUGAUAUUUUCGACAUCAAAUCAACUGGAUUUCCCGCUAAACAUAUUACCGAGCCCAGUCCAAACCCACUGGCAGCAGCAGAGUACGCUUGUUGUUAUUGGAUGGACCAUCUCCAGAAGAGCCAGCGCAAUGGAACCUAUCGGGUGACCCUUGAUGAUAAACGUCUGUUGGAGAUAUUUCUACAAGAGAAAUAUCUUCACUGGCUUGAGGCUCUUAGUAUUUUGGGGAGUGUUUCAGAUGGGAUCCGGGCGAUGCAGAGGCUUGAAAGUUUGAUUAUGGAGGCUAGCGAGUCAAAAACCCUGUUACAUCAAGCUCGAGACGCCUCUAGAUUUAUUCGAUACCACAAAGCAGGAAUUGAAAGCAGUCCUCUACAGGUAUAUUCCUCAAGUCUUCUCUUUAGCCCAACAAAGAGUUUCAUAAGAGAAGCUUUUCAGAAGGAGAGACCAGAUUGGAUUUUGAAUGAUCCUGCAGUAGAUGAAAAUUGGAGUCUUUGUCUUCAAACGCUUGAGGGACAUAGUCAAUUGGUCAAUUCGAUUGCCUGGUCAUCAGAUGGAACCCGACUCGCAUCAGCGUCUGCUGAUAAUACAGCCAAGAUCUGGGACCCAGCUAGUGGUCACUGUAUGUUUACUCUCGAAGGGCACAGUGAUUCGGUCAAUUCGAUUGUCUGGCCUCUAGAUGAAAGUCGACUCGCAUCAGCGUCUACUGAUAAUACAGUCAAGAUCUGGGACCCAGCUACUGGUCACUGUAUGUCUACUCUCAAGGGGCAUAGUGAUUCGGUCAGGUUGAUUGCCUGGUCUCCAGAUGGAAGCCGACUCGCAUCAGCAUCAGAUGAUAACACAGUUAGAGUCUGGAAUCCGACCACCGGCUAUAGCAUAUCUACUCUCGAGGGGCACAGUCAUUUGGUCAGGUCGAUUGCCUGGUCUCCAAAUGGAUGUCGACUCGCGUCAGCGUCAGAUGAUAAAACAAUUAGAAUCUGGGAUCCGACCACCGGCCAUAGUAUAUCGACCCUCGAGGGGCAUAUUUAUUCACUCAAUUUGAUUGCCUGGUCUCCAGAUGGAAGUCGACUCGUAUCAGCGUCAGUCGAUAACACAGUUAAAGUCUGGGAUCCGACCACCAGUCACAAUAUAUCGACUCUCGAAGGGCAUAGUCGUUCGGUCAAUUCGAUUGCUUGGUCUCCAGAUGGAAGUCGACUCGCGUCAGCGUCAGAUGAUAACACAAUUAGAGUCUGGGAUCCAGCCACCAGUCGCACUGUAUCCGCUCUCGAGGGACACUGGCAUUCUGUCAGUUCGAUUGCCUGGUCUCCAGAUGGAAGUCGUCUCGCAUCAGCGUCGGAUGAUAAUACAGUCAGGAUCUGGGACCCAGCUACAGGCCACAGUGUAUCGAUCCUUAAGGGGCAUAGUCGUUGGCUCAGUUCGAUUACCUGGUCUCCAAAUGGAAGCCGACUCGCAUCGGCGUCCAGUGAUAGCACAAUCAGGAUCUGGGAACUGGCCAUUGGUCACAGCGUGUCUCCUCUCGAGGGACAUACUGAUUGGAUUCAUUCAAUUGCCUGGUCUUCAGAUGGACGCCGACUAGCAUCCGCGUCCGAUGAUAACACAAUUAGGAUCUGGGAUUCGGUCACCGGCCAAAGCGUGUCAACCUUUCCUACUGGCUUUAUAAGCUCCCUUGAAUUCGACAAAGCGAAUUCCAAUUAUCUGCACACAAAUGCCGGUACAUUUGACAUAGGUUUAGUGGGGUCUGCAACACCCGUGCCAGCCGACAUUAUCCCUAACCAGUAUGAAUACGGAUUGAAUGAUGACCUUUCCUGGAUAACCUGUAAUGGACUGAAACUCCUGUGGUUGCCUUCAGAUUAUCGCCCAGCCGUUCGCUCUCUUUUCGCUGUAUACGCAACAAGGAUCGCCAUUGCCUGCUCAUCGGGUAGUGUCAUAUUCCUCGCAUUUUCGAAUCAAUGUCCCUCACCUACUUGCCCUUAA